GUAUAGCACUGUUUGAGAGUUGCUUUGUUCUGGAAAGCUCCGAAGCCAUGCCCCUCUUCGACUCGCCCCCGCCGCCUCAAAAAGCUGUCGUUGUGCGAUCAGUAUGGUCCACUAACCUAGAAUCAGAGUUUCAAUUGAUUCGAUCAAUAAUCGAUUCCUACCCUUUGAUUUCCAUGGAUACCGAGUUUCCGGGCGUUGUCAUCCGUCCCGACGCCGGUGAUCCCAAUUUCAGACAUCGAAACCCCACCGCCCACUAUGCUGUCCUCAAAGCUAACGUUGAUCGUUUGCACUUGAUCCAGAUCGGUCUCACUCUUUCGGACGACAAUGGCAACCUUCCAACUCUGGGCACCAGUGAAUUAUACAUCUGGGAAUUUAAUUUCAGAGAUUUUGAUGUGGCUCGUGAUCCCCACGCACACGAUUCCAUUGAGUUGUUGAGGCGCCAGGGAAUAGAUUUCGAGAAGAACAGAGAGGUGGGGAUCGACUCGGUACAGUUCGCUGAGUUAAUGAUGUCCUCAGGACUUGUGUGCAAUGAAGAUGUGAGCUGGGUGACAUUUCACAGUGCGUAUGACUUCGGGUACUUAGUCAAGGUGCUGACUCGACGGACUUUGCCUAAUCAGUUAGACGAUUUCCUUUGUCUUGUGAGGGUGUUUUUCGGGGGUAGGGUUUUUGAUGUGAAGCACUUGAUGAAGUUCUGUUCCAAUCUCCAUGGUGGAUUGGACCGAAUUUGCAAGUCCCUGAACGUGGAAAGAAUUACGGGAAAAAGUCAUCAGGCUGGCUCAGAUAGCUUGCUGACUUUACAUGCUUUUCAGAAGAUCAGGGAGGUUCAUUUUGGCAAGGAUGAUGAGCUAAUCAAAUAUGCCGGUGUCUUAUAUGGUUUAGAGGUGUUUUGAUAUCCCAUGAAAUCUAUUGCUUGUAGAUUUCUUUUUCUCCCCUUUUUUCCUUAAUAUGAAGUAAAAUUUGUACACAUUUGGCUUAUCAAUGUGAUUCGAAAAUAUUAAUUCUUUUGAAUCUAUGAGCAAUUGCGCAUGCAUAUGACCUUUUU